AUGUAUACAGACCAAUUUGACCUCGACGAUGCUAUGACAAUACCGGAUAAUCCCGAAGCCAGACAAGAAGCAGUGAUCCGUUUGGUUUCAGAGUUGUCGACGGUAGAUAAAGCAACGGACCAAUUUGACCUGGUUGAUGCUCUGACAAUGCCGGAUAAUCCUGAAGCCAGGCGACAAGCAGUGAUCUGUUUGGUUUCGGAGAUGGCAACGGUUGAUGAUGCGACGGGUGAUUGCUCAAUUUGCUUUCAAAGUUUGUCGGAGGGAACUCCUAAACAAGUCUCAUGCAACCAUGUCUAUCACCGGCAGUGCAUCACCGAUUGGCUCUUAAACGGCAGAAGCAAUACUUGUCCUAUGUGUCGCCAUGACAUCUAG